CACUGUCUUUCCAUUUCGAUAAUUGGCCUGAGAGAGAGAGAGAGAGAGAGAGAGCGAGAGAGAGAGAAAGCUCGAUCGGGAGCUGGAAUGGCGGACGCAGCGGUGGAAUUCCUGCUAGGAAAUCUCCAGCAGCUGCUGCUGUACCACACGCAUUUAAUCAAAGGCGCUAGGGAUCAAGUCGAGCAGCUGGAGAACGAUUUACGCCUCUUCAAAGCCUUCCUCAGGGAUUCCACAAAAAAGAGGCGUAAGGACGACAGCUUUCGAGAGGUCGUUCGCCAGAUACGCGAUGUUGUUUACGAUGCUGAGGAUAUUAUUGACGCCUUUGUGACUCAGGCGACCGAGAGUAAGUCUCGGAAUUACUUCAUUCAAGCUUUCAAAAAACCGGUGGAUCUCCAUGGCAUCGCAAGUCAGGUCGAGUCCAUCAGCGGUAAAGUUAAAGAGAUCUACGACAAGAACAAGCUCGAUUUUGGUAGCCUCAAUGUCGCCGAUGGAGGUGCUGAAGAAACUGAGGUCCCUCUGGUUAGACAAGAAAACGUGGUGGGUUUUGAAGAUGAGGCUCGUAAGAUAAUAGGAUAUCUUACUGAAGAGAAACAGGAGCUUGACGUCAUCUCUGUUAUUGGCAUGCCUGGACAAGGAAAGACCACACUAGCUGGGAAGAUUUUCCGUGAUGAAAAAAUCCAGUAUGAGUUCCCAACUCGAAUAUGGGUUUAUGUUUCUCAGCAGUUUUCCAAGAAGGAUAUCUAUCUAGCCAUUCUGAAAGAGUUUACAAGAAUUGAUGAUGACGAGCGCCAGCAAAAUGAUCAGGAUUUGGCUAAACUAGUUUCUUCCCAUCUGCAGAGUAGAAAAUACUUGAUUGUGAUGGAUGAUGUAUGGACAACUCAGGAUUGGGAUAAAAUCCAGACUGCCUUGCCAAAGGCUUAUAGUGGUGGUAAGGUAUUGAUCACAAGCCGUCAUCGAGAAGUGGCCCUACAUGCUAAUAAACAGAGACAACCCCACAUGUUGCGUUUCUUGACUCAAGAGGAGAGUUGGGAGCUGCUCCAGUAUGAGGUUUUUGGAAAGCCUGAGUGUCCCUCCGAAUUGGAAAAUCUUGGAAAGCUAAUUGCCGAGCAGUGUGAUAGGUUACCACUAGCAAUAGUGGUAAUAGGAGGCAUUCUUCUCAAAAUAUUUGCAGAGUCAAAUGAUCUGGCUGCGAGGAAAGUUGCAUGGGAAAGAGUAUCUAAUAGUGUGAGUACAUACCUAAAUGAGGAUCCGCAACGACGCAUGGAAAAAAUUAUUGCAUUGAGUUAUGACAACCUGCCUUACCACUUGAGAGCUUGCUUUCUGUAUCUGGGGAUGUUCCCUGAAGACUUUGAGAUCCCAGCGUGGAAAUUAAUCAGGAUGUGGAUUGCAGAAGGAUUCAUACAGCAGAAGGAUAGUAUCACCCUGGAGGAGACUGCUGAAAUCUAUUUGGAUGAACUUAUUAACAGGAACUUAAUGAGAGUAGACAAAAGGAGACCUGAUGGCAGAGUUAAAACAUGCCGCAUCCAUGACAUGUUGCGUGAGUUCUGCAAAAAUGAAGCUGGAAGUGAAAGGGAGAACUUUCUCCAAGAAAUAAGAAUGACCCCUGAAGGAUUUCAACCUCCGGUUGAUACAGUAGACAAGUAUCGUCGUAUUUGUAUACAUUCCAACGUUGUGAACUUUAUCACUAAGAAACCUUAUGGUCAUCGUGUUCGGUCUUUUGUUUGUUUCUCCAAAGAGGAAGCUGCCUUGCCAGUAGAAAACACUUCAUCCAUCCCUGCAGGUUUUAAACUGCUUAGAGUUUUGGAUGUCAAGCCAAUCAAAUUUGCAAAAAUCCCGAGCGACAUGUACCAAUUGGUGCAUUUGCGGUACAUUGCCCUGUCCUUUAAUUCGUCAGUUCUUCCUGCAGCCUUUGCCAAGCUCUGGAACAUAGAAACUCUUAUUGUUGAUACAUCACAACGCACUCUCGAGAUCAAAGCUGAUAUUUGGAAGAUGAGUCAGUUGAGGCAUCUGAAGACAAAUGCAUCGGCUACUUUACCUAAGGCUGGAAAGAGUGCUAAAGAAAGUGAAAAGCUUCAAACACUGGGUAAAAUUUCACAUGAAAGUUGCACAGAAGAAUUUUUUGACAGGGCUCGAACAUUGAAACAAUUGGGCAUUCGCGGAAGGCUAGCUUCGCUCCUGGAUGGCAAGACCAUCUCAUUUAAUGGUUUAGUGAAACUGGGAAAUCUUGAAAAGCUGAAGCUUCUGAAUGAUGCAUGGCCUAGCGCUGCUUCAGAAGGCAAGCUGCGUGGCCUUCCUCCGCCGUAUCAAUUCCCACCAAAGCUGAAGAGCCUUACAUUGGCGGAUACUUUCCUUGAUUGGAGUCAUAUGUCCAUCCUUGGAUUGUUGGAGAAUCUUGAGGUGCUGAAGCUGAAAGAUAAAGCAUUCUCGGGGAAGAUCUGGGAGGCAAAAGAUGGAGGCUUUCGCCGUCUGGAAGUCUUGCACAUUGGCCGCACUAAUUUAACUUUCUGGGUGGCCUCACAUCAUCAUUAUCCCAGACUUAGACACCUUGAGUUGCACAACUGUGAGGAACUUAAAGAAGUUCCAAUAGGUCUGGCUGAUAUUCCAACUUUCCAACUGCUGGAAUUGCACCGUACUACUGAUGCAGCUAACUCAGCAAUUAAAAUUUUUGAAGCCAAACAACGAAAAGAGCAAGAGCCAAACACUAAUGGUGAAUUCAAGCUUUCCAUUUUCCCUCCUCCUCACAUUCAAACUUGACCGGUACACCAUGCAAGCUGCCCCUGAGCUCAGAGACGACGCCUGAUCUAUGGGAUCCCGUUGUCAACCUGACUGGUGAGCCUGAACCUGAACCUGAAUCUGAAUCUGUUGUGUUUUGUUUGUUUGAAGCACUACAUUGGGAUUUGUAUCAAUGUGUGUCCCUAAAUGUUCCACUGUUGUUUGUGAGUCAAUAAUGUUAUUCACUUGCUUCGUGCUAUCUCGGCCUGUAACCACAUUUCAUGUAAACUAUUGCCUGAUGCUUGUAUUGUGACACUCUCAUUCAAGUUUAGCAUUGUUCUCAGUA